AGUAGGCAUUCACACAUCGAUUGCACACUGCGUCAAGCGUGAACAAACUUGAAAACGCUGGCCGCUGUCUUUGAAAAAAAUCCUUUUCUUUAUACAAUUAUCAGCAAUGAGUUCUGGACUAGCACCGAGCAAGACGACAUGUUAUGUAUCCAACCUGCCAUUUUCAUUGACAAAUAAUGAUCUACACAAAAUCUUUGAAAAGUAUGGUAAAGUUGUUAAGGUAACCAUUGCCAAGGAUAAAGAGACACGGAGGAGUAAGGGUGUGGCAUUCGUCCUCUUUCUUCAGAGAGAUUCCUGCUACAAGGCUAUAAAGGGGCUUAAUGGGAGGGAGUUGUUUGGGAGGAAGUGGAAGGUUUCCAUAGCAACAGACAAUGGAAGAGCGGCAGAAUUCAUCAAGAAGAAGAAUUAUCCAGACAAGACCAGAUGCUAUGAAUGUGGCGAGUUUGGUCACCUGAGUUACAACUGCCCUAAGAACUCACUGGGAGACAGAGAACCGCCCAAGAAGAAAGAGAAGAAAAAACGGAAGCACGUGGAAGACGAGAGGGAAGAGUAUAGAGAUUCAGAGGAUGACGAGUCAGGUGGUGAAGAUCCUGCACUGGAGAGCCUAGGAGCAGCUAUCAAUUUCCAGCGAGCAAAGGAAGAAGAGGAACAGUACCGCGAGAUCGUAGCGCGAGGUGCUUAUGACGAGAUCGCUGCAUCAUCAUCAUCAACAUCAUCAUCAAGACCCCCACUCAAGAAACCCAAAGUCAAGCAGAGUGCCUACUUCAGUGACGAGGAGGAAAUUGACGGGGACUGAUGAACUUUCAACGUUUGACUCUGCAAGGAUUUGCGUACAUGUAUGCGCAGUACAAAGUUGGCCAACCUGUGGUGCAUUACCCUUACGCAAACAAUGCUAACGUUCACCAAUGAAGUCGGUGAUAUUUGCCCAAAUGGGACCAACUGCUUGCCACAAACAUUGGCGAACCUUGACAGCCAAGGUGAACGGUCUUCCCAAGUCAGUAGCUAUGGGCGACACACACAAUGAACGUAAUGAUCGUCAGUGCUGAGAAUUUCAGCAUCCCGAGUAAGUUCAUAUGUUACUGGGGAAAAAAUCUUGUUUCCAAUCACAUUUAAUAUUUAAGAGGAUUUAGAAGCUUUUAAGAUUUA